AUGAAAUUUGAAUGUCAUCUAAUUCUAUUUUAUUUUUGAAAUUCUAGAUAAUGUUAAAUGUAUUGAAGCUUAUCCAACAUUACAUAAAGUUCCAAAUAAUUCUAAUGGACUUUAUUAUUCAGAUCAUUUAGCUGUUUAUGCUCUAUUUGAAAUAGAUGAAAACAUUCCAGAAAAAAAACCAAUACCAUCACUUGAACAUAUUGAUAUAGUUGAUGAAGAAACACAAAAUAAUCUUCGUUCAGCUUGUCUUAUUGUUGAAGAAUCAAUUCAACGUAUACAACGUGAUCGAAUGUUUUUUGCUCUUGGAGUAUUGAUACUUAUUUUUAUCUUAUUUUCAUUUAAUAAUAAUUCGUUAUUAAAUUUUGAUAUAUUAACAAUCGUUAUUAUUUUAAAAAAUCUCUUUUGCCUUAUUGGUAUAUCAAUCUCUAUUUGGUUUAUAGGUUUAGGUAAACCUGUUGAACGUAAUUGUUUAAGUUCUGCACGAAAUGCAAUGCAUCUCCGUUUACGUAUAUCACAGUUUAUUCAUUAA